GGACAAAGAAAGCUUUGCAAUUUGCAGACUCAUUCAUUAUUAUUUGUACCCAUCUUCCCUUAACCAAAAAAAUGUCAACAGAAGAUAAGUGGUGAAGAAAGAGAUAAUCAGACAAGCCCUUUAAGUUCUGUUCUUUGUGUGUUUUGGUUCCUGUCUGUAGAAGAAAUGGGAAGCAAAUGGCGAAAAGCAAAGGUAGCUUUAGGUGUAAAUCUUUGCCUAUACGUUCCUAAAACGCUUGAAGAAGAGUCAAGAAGAUCAGACGACACCGUUUCGCUUUCUCCGGUAACGGUUCGAAGACCCACGACGCCGGUUCCUUCCUCCUCUGGUCUACGGUUGCCUCGUUCCUUUAGCAAAUCCUCUUCAAAGAAAACGUGUGCAAUAUGUUUAACGACCAUGAAAGCUGGACAAGGCCACGCAAUCUUCACAGCGGAAUGCUCUCACUCGUUUCAUUUCCAUUGCAUCACCACCAAUGUCAAACACGGCAACCAGUUCUGUCCCGUUUGUCGCGCCAAAUGGAACGAGGUCCCUCUUCAGAGCCCUAAUGCUAAGUCUAAGUCUCCAAUAGUUAGACCAAGAGAUGAUGCUUGGAUGACAAUACCACCACGCAGGUCCUCUCACAACCAACCUCCCUCACGUCCAAGGCCCGUCACAUCGAUCUUUAACACCGAGCCAGCAGUUUUUGACGACGAUGACGCUCUGGAACAUCAAAACCGUAAUGCUGAAACAGAACCUUGUGUUACAAGGAAGUUAGAAGUUAAAACGUAUCCAGAGGUUUCAGAAGUGUUGAGAUCUGUUUCCUUUAAAGAUUUCUCUGUACUGAUCAAUCUAAAAGCUCCUACCGCUUCAAACUCUUCUUCACGGGCCCCUGUUGAUCUAGUCACGGUUCUUGACGUCAGCGGAAGCAUGGCCGGAACAAAGCUAGCGUUGCUGAAACGAGCGAUGGGGUUUGUGAUACAGAAUCUCGGCCCGUUAGACCGUCUCUCUGUCAUCUCCUUCUCCUCAACAGCGCGCCGUAACUUCCCUCUCCGUCUCAUGACGGAGACAGGGAAGCAAGAGGCUCUGCAGUCUGUUAACUCGUUGGUCUCUAACGGAGGGACCAACAUCGCAGAAGCCUUGAGGAAAGGCGCGAAAGUUUUGGUUGAACGGAGAUUCAAGAACUCGGUGUCGAGCAUCGUGUUGUUAUCAGACGGGCAAGAUACAUACACUCAAGGAAGUGAUUACAUAACCUUUCUUCCUAAAGAGAAACGUAUCCCGGUUCACGCAUUUGGGUUUGGUGCUGACCAUGACGCGUCCUUGAUGCAUUCAAUUGCUGAAAACUCCGGAGGGACGUUUUCUUUUAUAGAGUCUGAGACGUUUAUACAAGACGCAUUUGCGCAGUGCAUUGGUGGUCUUCUUAGCGUUGUUGUGCAAGAGCUUUGCGUUAAGGUUGAGUGUGUUCGUCCUGUGAUGAGGAUUGGUUCGGUUAAAGCUGGGAGCUACCGGUUUGAUUCAAGAACCGGUAAGAUUGGAGUUGGUGAUCUCUACGCUGAGGAAGAGAGGAACUUCUUGGUGAAUCUUGACGUCCCUGUUGGAGGUUCAGAUCCUAUGUCGUUGCUUAGGGUUAGAUGUGUUUAUAAAGAUCCGGUGACGAAAGAGACUGUUGAGUUUACUUCUAGUGAAGUGAAGAUUCUCAGACCGGUGGUGAUGUUAGAAGGAAGAAAAGUGGUUUCUGUUGAAGUUGAUAGGCAGAGAAUAAGGUUACGUGCGGCGGAAGCAAUCUCUGAAGCUAGGGUUUUAGCUGAGAGGGGUGAUUUAACUGAAGCUGUUUCGGUUUUGGAAACUUGUCGUGGGGCUUUGUCGGACACUGUGUCGGGACAAGCGGGAGAUCCGUUGUGUGUGUCUUUGUGUGCAGAGCUGAAGGAGACGCAGGAGAGGAUGGCGAGUAGACAAGUGUACGAGACUUCGGGUAGGGCUUAUGUACUAGCUGGUCUGAGCUCGCAUUCGUGGCAAAGAGCCACGGUGAGAGGUGACAUGAGUGGUGGUGAUACUACGACGGUUAGUUAUCAGACGCAGUCAAUGGUGGAUAUGGUGAAUCUUUCUCAGACCAUGAAGUUUGGUUCCCCUUUGGUGGCUAGUUCUAAUAAGUCCAACUCAAGUUCGAAUCAGAGGAAACUUCGGCAGGCUCUUACGUUUCCGGCGAGGCCAAGACCUAGGUGAUUUUGCUUGGUGGAAGAGAUUAUGAAUUUUUCAAAUGUUUGUUUUUUGUUUUGGGAUUGGGAGGGGUAGUUUAUGCUAAAAUUUCUCAAUUUUGGGGGGUAUAAGUUGAAUGCUUAGUUUCUUGUGGGGUUUGAAACAAAAAAAAAAGUGACAAAUGUGGUAAUGCAGGCUAUGUAUAUAUAUAUUAUUGGCAUUUAUAGUAAUAGUGGUUCUUUUUUUUUUCUUAAUUAUAAUUUUGUUAUUUUCCUUAAUGUGUUUAGUGAGGUAUAACCGUCUAGUGUGUGUGUGUACGUUGUGAAUAUUGUGAUUUUUUUUUUCUGGAACACAAGUGAAUAUUGUGAUUGUGGAGAGA